UUUUGGUUUUCUCUCUGUUUUUUUAUCAGUUGAGUUUUUAGAUUUUCUUUCCUCUUAAUAUUUUGGUUUUUAUUUUUCAAAACUAAGCUUUCUUUAAAAAAGUUCUGAACAUUUCUCGAACACGUGAACUUUUUUCAAAGCUGCAUACUUUUUCAAGGCCAUGAUCUUUUCUGAAUUUGCCAACUUUUUUUGAAUUCAUGAAAACUUUUCAACCAUGUGAACUUGUUUGCAAAUACAUGAACUUUUUCAAAUUCACGAACCCUUUUCAAAUCUGCGAGCUUUUUCUCAAAAUCCAUGAACUUUUUUUAAAUUUGCAUUUUUUUUAAUAUCCAUGAUUUUUUUUAAAUUUCUUGAGUUUUUUUCAAAUCCAUGACCUCUUUUUAAUCCACAAAUGCUUUUAAAAUUGGAAAUCUUUUUCUCAAAAUCCAUGAAUGUUUUUAAAAUUGGCGAACACUUUUUGAAUCCAUAAACUUAAAAAAAUCAAUGAACUUUUCUCAAAUUCACAAGGUACUUUCAAAUCCACGAUCUUUUUUUCGAAUUCACAUACCUUUCCUUAAAAGCCAUUGACUCUUUUCAAAUUCGUGAACAGUUUUCAAAUAAGCAUACUUUUUCUUACAAUCCACAAACUUUUCAAAUGUGUUGAAACAAUUGAGCCUCCCCCCACAUAGAAAGUCAGUCUGCAAAGAGCAUUUCAAACAUUUUAGAACAUGCGAGCAAUACAAUAGAACAAUUCUAAAGCAAAUCCGAGGUGCAUAUGAGAUACUGUCAUAGUUUUAAAUAGCAGGCUAUGCCUCUUAGCAGCGGAUCUCUCUAAACGCUAUAGUGCGCUAUUUAAAACUAUGACAAUAUCUCAUGAUCAAUCCCAUGGUCCUAUCCACCUUGUGUUAAACUAUGGUUACUCUCUCUCUCUAGCUUUUGCAUUAUCAUAAACGUGUAAGCCAAAUAUGCAUUUAUAGUAGAUUCGUUUGUGCUAUGACAUUCCAUUCAUUCAGAAACCUAUGUUUAUCCGAUUCAGUUGAGUAAGUUUUAAUUUAGAGAUGUUUCACUCAAUGCCAAAACUGUUUCUAUUUCAUCCAAAUUGCAGGGAUUGAUAAGACAAAUAAACUUUAACCCUGCAGGGAAAGCAGGCAGAGUCAGAAUCAUUGCAAGAAAAUUGGAGUGAUCUUACUAAAAUCAACCAGUACAUGCAGAAGCAAUUUGUGACAUGAAGACACCUUGUGCUUUGUCUUUCACAGCCUUUUUUGUGUCCGUAAGCUUGCCGGGCAAUAUCUCGUUGUAGUACCCAAGCCAAGCAGCAAAACCUAUUACUCAUGAAAGCUUCAGUAUUCCUCCAAAGAAAACACAAAGAAAGUUGUUGUAACAUUUUCAAAAUCAUGUCCUAGCUUGGUAUCGUCGGUAUUUUAGUUGCAUCGUCUGUUUAUAACUAUUUUUUCGCGAAUAUGUAAAGCUUGCGUACCUUUCAUUGAUAGAAGGGAAUGAAAUGAGUACAAGAGGGGUACAACCUUCCACAGUUGCACGUAUCAGCAUAUCCAAUCCAAUAAACUGAAGGAUGAGAUUUUUCACUCCGCAUGACCACCAAUCCAACUUCAGAACAAUUCCCUGACAACAUAUGUAGUACCCUCGAGGACUUGCAUCCAAGAAGAAAAGUGGCAUGAAACUUGGCAAGGUGAGGCUCAAGUCGGAACAUUGUGAAGUAAUCAAGAACACAUUUUCAAGUAUUUCAAGCAACUUGCUGAACUAACACCCAAAGCCCCAUCACAGUUUCAUAAGAGAAACUGAAGACAGGGCAUGUGAGAUUUAGCUUGGUGAUAGCCAAUAAUACAGAAAUAAAAAGGGCCCCAAUUGAUACAUUUUUCAGGACUAGUCAGCGGCGAAUAGAAAGUGGACAUGCAUGUGCGCCGUACGCAAUCACUCACCGGCCGGCUGUCCUGUGCUCAACUGAAAGAAACGUCGAAAUGCAAAGAAGCAAUUUAGGAUGUAUCAUCCAUCUACUAUAUCCCAGUCUCUUUGUACGACAGUACGAGCAAGCAGAACAUGCUUUGAUCCCAGUCUACUAUUAACAUUGAGUAUGCUAACAUGUAUUACUAGUAUAUAUGUACCUGCAAUUAUUGAAGGUUCUCCCACCUGAUUGGUCCAUUUUUGUAUGGCUGCGCAUUCCUGCAGUUGCACAUGGUCAAGACUCUCCAAAUCCUUCAAUGGAUAUUACUCUUUGUCAACGUCCAAUAAACAUGAAUGCAUAAUUGUGAGCGAAGACAAACAUAAUCAAGUGUAUGACUGUGAGUGACAAUAUUUUUUCUCGGGAAAGGAAAAAAAUACGCUAUUGAUUGAUUGAGGGUGCAACAUGAUUCUAUUGGGCUGGCUGUCUGAUGAUCAAUUUUUAAAUCAGAACUGGAAUCAUAGGAUUAAAUUGGUCUCCUCAUUUAUGGUACCAAGCUAAUGAUGCAGUGCACCAGGGGUGAAACCAGACCAAAUUCGAACGGAUAACGCUACCGUAUCCUAUUCUCUAACUUUUCUGGAUUUGGAAGUGGGACGGAUGCAGAAUAUGCUUUGAUCCUAGAUUCCCAGUCUGCUAUAGCAUGAAGUUGCUAUCUUGCUAACAUGUGAGUGUGUACGAUGUAGCUUGACCGGAAUUCCAGCUUGACCAUAUGCAAUUAUUUGAAGUCUCUCCCUCCUGAUUGGUCCGUUUCUAUAUGGGCACACAUUCCUGCAGUUGCACAUGGGACCGACUCUCUGAGAUGCUACAAUGGAUAUUACUCUUCGUCAACGUCCAAUAAACAUUGGUGCAUUAUUGUGAUUAUUGUGCACCAUAUGAAUAACUCACCGGCCGGCUGCCCUGAGCUCAAUUGAAAGAACACCCAAGUGCAAAUUAUUUUUAAAACCCGAAAUAGAAUCAUAGGACUAGAUUGAUCUGCUCAUGGUACCAAGCCAAUGAUCCAGUGCACCCAUAUAAGUAGCACCAAUACGAGACUUAUCUUGUCACAGACAUAUGCAUUUGUUUCUCACUCAUAUAUAGCACCAUGGGCCGGGUGAAAAGAUUUUACCAGGAUUUCAUACAUAUCAAGCUGCAUAGCUUCAGCCGCAUCAGUAGAUAUGUUGUCGAUUCGAUGGUUUUUAUCUAUCGGUUCGUCGCAUUGCAUGUUCAUCCAUUCUGGAUCCAACUGUCCUACUUCCUUGCCAUGGCUAUACUUGGUUCAGUCCUCUUGAUGUCGCUGAAACCAAGCAAUCCUGAGUUCUGCCCUCCUUAUAUUGACAUGUUGUACUUGUCAACCUCUGCUCUAACAGUUUCUGGCCUCAGCACCGUCAAGAUGGAGGACCUCUCGAGCUCUCAGAUUGUGGUCCUAACACUGCUCAUGCUUGUAGGAGGGGAGAUCUUUGUUUCGCUCUUAGGCCUCAUGCUUAGAGUGAACCAUCAAGACAUGCAAGAUCUUCCGAGCGUGAAGAUCAGCUCAGUUCCUGUCGAGCUUGAAGUGCUAGACUUGGCCAACAGCAUGGCACUAUGUGAUGAGUCGCAGCUUGAAGAAGCUGCUCAUGCAAUUCCACCAAAGAAAUGUACAGAGUUGAAGAGGACUGAAUCUGUCAAGUGUUUCGGACAUGUGAUCUUUGGGUACUUUGCUGUGAUCCAUGUCUUGGGCUUUCUGCUGGUUUUUCUGUAUAUAACUCAUGUGCCAACUGCAAGUGCCCCACUGAACAAGAAAGGGAUCAACAUCGUGCUCUUCUCACUAUCAGUCACCGUCUCCUCCUUUGCAAAUGCAGGACUUGUGCCGACAAAUGAGAACAUGGUCAUCUUCUCAAAGAAUUCAGGCCUCUUGCUGCUGCUCAGUGGCCAGAUGCUCGCAGGCAAUACAUUGUUCCCUCUCUUCCUGAGGCUACUGGUAUGGUUCCUGGGGAAGCUCACAAAGGUGAAGGAGCUGAGGCUCAUGAUCAAGAACCCUGAGGAAGUGCAUUUCGCUAAUUUGCUUCCUGGGUUGCGGACUGUUUUUCUCUCCUCAACGGUUGUUGGCCUUGCAGCAGCUGGGGUCACGCUGUUUUGCGCUGUUGACUGGAACUCUUCAGUGUUUGAUGGGCUCAGCUCUUAUCAGAAGACUGUCAAUGCAUUCUUCAUGGUGGUGAAUGCGAGGCACUCUGGGGAGAAUUCCAUCGACUGCUCGCUCAUGUCCCCUGCCAUUAUAGUACUAUUCAUCAUCAUGAUGUAUUUGCCAUCAUCAGCAACAUUUGCACCACCCAAUGGAGAUACUAAAACCACCGAUGCGAGCACAAAAGGCAAGAGAGGGUCGUUGGUGCAGAAUUUGGUAUUCUCACCGCUCGGGUGUAACAUCAUCUUUGUGAUAGUUGCCUGCAUCACUGAAAGGAGAAGGCUCAGAAACGAUCCACUCAACUUCUCCACCUUGAACAUGAUAUUUGAGGUCAUCAGUGCAUACGGCAACGUUGGGCUAUCCACUGGUUACAGUUGUUCUAGGCUGCAUCAGCUGCACCCAGAGAUCAUCUGCCAGGACAAGCCAUACAGCUUUUCUGGAUGGUGGAGUGACGGAGGAAAGUUUCUGCUAGUCUUGGUCAUGCUCUAUGGAAGGCUUAAAGCGUUUGUGGUGUCCACAGGUAAAUCCUGGAAAGUAUGAUACAGUUGACCAAGACUAACUGUAAGGGCAAGUGUGCCAAACUGGUAUAACUGCCGCGUACUUGCAAGACGAAUCAGGUUUCUAGCUGGAUCAGUGGAUGAAAAAAAUAUGUAGGUGGAUGUUGGGCAUUCAAUGGAAAUCAUUUAUCAAUGUGUGGCAUCUUGACGUGGGUUCCGCAGAGUUGCAGCAGAAAGACAAUUGAAUUCUUAUUCUUAUUGUUAGGGCGGGGUUAGUAUUACUUCACACAAUUUACAAUAUAGAUGUGAGCGUUGACACCCUAUUUAUAAGCACAGCUAAUGUUGCCCUAUCAUUUUAGUACAUACUACUCUACGCAGA